UACAUGUGGAUUCUAAACAGUGAAAGAGAAGGAACAACAUAAAAAUACUCAAAUUUUGUUGGUUUGAAAGUUUAUGGCAUGGUUGAAAAUGUUCAACGGUGAGCAACAAAGCUUUUACUUUUCCUCUAUGGACCCAAGAAUUUCCUUCUCCAAUGAUUUUGCUGAUGCAAAAAAAGCUAACAAGUAUGAAAGCAGUUAUAGAGAAGCACCAGUUUCCACAGAUUUCGAGUUCUCAGUGAAAAACGACUCCAUGAUUCCUGCAGAUGAAAUCUUCUUCGAGGGUACAAUGCUGCCUUUGAAGGAUAACUGCACCAACCAACAGCGAAAAAUGACCUUAAGAGAUGAGUUACUUGUCGAUGAUGAGUAUGAUAAUGCGUUCCCAGCACCAAAGAUUUCAGGCUGGUGGAAGGAAAAACUGGGCUUAAAGAGGGGUCACAUUGCACCUAAGAAGAGCGAUAGGGUCGCUGGGGUUUUGGAUAGAGUUGUUGAAGAGAUGCCUAUUUUUGUUCAUGAAGAGGGACUGGCUAACAAGAGAACACAGGAAGUGUUGGUUGAAGGAGGGUUAAGUUGUAAAGAUGGUGCAAUGAAAUGUUAUCCAAAGUGAAAGAGAAGCAAAUCCUGGGAUGUGAGGGAGAGAGACAUGGCCAUUUUUUCAAAGGAGGGAAAUUUCAUUUAUCUCUGCUGUGCACUGUGAGACUGCAACAGAGCUGAGAUUUUGUCUAACUUAUUCUUCUUCUUCUUCUUUUUCUGGUUAUUUUUUGUGGCUUUACUUUUUUGUUCCACUCUAAACAGCAAUCUCUCUCCUUUAUACUUCCCCUUUUAGUAAAACCCUCCCCUGUGCUCCCCAUGGAACGAGUGGUAUUUUGCUGUUUUGGUAUGUACAAAUGUUUUCUGUUGAAUAACUUCCACUAAAUCAAGUAGUAUUGGUAAUGCAA